AUGAGUCAUCAGAACUUAGUGAGUGAAAGCGUGGCAUCAACCUUAAGUGUAGAGCUUGUUUCGUAUGUCAUCGGCCGUCACGCUCGUCAGGGAGAGGACAACUCAUCUGAUGCCACAGAAAAUGAGAUGGAGUUAAGUACUCGUAAAAGUAUUGAGGGACUAGGACUGCUCGUUGGUCUCCGUUUGUCAGAGCGGCUCCUGUAUCGUGAAGCAACUAUUGGUGGGCUAACUCCCCUCGAUGUUACUCGCUUUAUUGCACAGCAAUUUUGGAAGGCAGCGUUUGGUAAGAAGGCUGAUCGAAUGAAGCACAUGGAUAACAUUUACUUUUGUCUUAUCGAGAGCAAUUUUAGGUGGCUUGAGGGGUUUUCAAAGCUAAGAACAGAACGGGCUAUUUCCACCGUAUCUACUUAUGCUUCUGGGGUUUCCGAAGGCCUAGAAAACUCGGACGAAUCUACCAUUUCUCCGAAAGAUAGGAUAGACAACUCGAUUGGUCACAAAGACGUCUUGGUAUAUGCAGUUGGUAUUCUGAGAGGUGCAAUUCAAGUAAUGUAUCCUAAUGGCCCGGUUAAGAUUCACGCGAAUCUUAACAAUGAAAACGAAACGACUUUCGUCUUGGACUUUAGAUCAGCGGCGUGA